CCGGCCCGCCCCAGCACUUUAUCGUAACAGUGAAACACCCACGGUCGGGCAGACGGCCUGCGGGGCGAGCGACCCGUAGGAAGCAGCAUAGUUAUAACCUUAUUUUUAUGGUUGUUUGAUCUCAUUAGUGGCAGUCAUGCCAUUGCCCACUCCACAUCCUGUUUUAUCAACUGCAAACAUGAACGCUGUCGACGAGAAGAGUGACCAGGUCCAUGGGCAAUUCACUGAAAUGUGCUAUGAUCUCAACAUGGAUAAGAUGACAGCAAGAGAAGCCUGGAACAGCUAUUGCCAAGUGAAGCAAAACUACACUCUAGAGGGUAACAAGCUGCACUGGCUGGCGUGCUCGCUAUACGUCUCGUGCCGGAAGGGUUCCGUGCCCUCUGUCGGUGGUCACCAGGCGGCGCCCAUGCAGGGAAACUUCAUCAGCCUCACUCGGCUUCUGCGCUUCUCAAAGUUCAGUUUACUCGAGUUUUUCGACAAGUCCAAGAAGUGGGCGGAGAUGUGCAAUCUGCCGCAGCCGUUCCACCGUAACCUGGACGCCCUGGAGCGCAACUUUGCCGUCUCGACAUUUUUAUUCAACAACUACUUUGAGCCCAUGUUUAAGAGCAUCUACACAGACCCCGCGGAUGACCCUCCGAGGCCGCCAAAGUCCAGAAAACAGAGGCGGAGCGCGUGCACGGCCAGCGACCUAUUCCAGUUCACCUGGUCGCUGUUUGUGCUGGUCAAGUCGACCAUCCCGUCUGUGUCGUCCGACCUGGUCAGCACGUACCACCUGCUGCUGGCCUGCGUCGACUACAUGUUCGGUGUGACGGUGGCGGCCGACCGGCGGGAUCUGCUCAACAGGCAGUCGCCCGCGCUGCCGGCCAACUUCAACUCUCGCGACUACGAGCCGCCGGCGGUGGUGCCCUCCAUUCUGGAGUACCUGUGCAACCAGUUCGACGGGCUCAUCGUGGAGGCCAAGGCGAUCCGGCAGCACGUCUGGAAGGACAAGAUCGCACAGCUCUUCUCCAGCAAUGCGCUGUGGGGCGACGCCAACACCCUGCACGGCAUCCUCUCCCUGGAGACGUUCGAUGCCAACUGGAAGAGCGUCAACAAGCGCUACGAGGAGUACCUGCUGACCUGCGGCAACUUCGACGAGCGGACGUUCUUAGGCGAGCAGGCCUGUCAGGAGAUUGGCACGCCGAGCAAGGCCAACAACUACAGCGUCACUGCUGGAGACCUGGCGGAGCGGAUGCACGUGCGGCGCAGCCUGAUGCUGUCGCAGGGCGCCCAGAGUCAGUCGGUGCUGAUGCCGGCCACUCCACUGACGGGACGGAGUUACCUGCGGCCCGUGGACGCAGCGCCGUCCCACCCGGCCGCCACGCCCAUCACCGCGUCCAUGUACAGCGUCAGUCGGCUGCAGGCGCUGCUGGACGGCCGGGGGCCGCAGCCGAGCGCCCAGCUGGCCGCCCUGCUCAGCGGGUGCACGCCGGACCCGACCGAGACGAUCGCCACUCUUGUGUCGGAGUUUCGGAGCGAGUUCGCCGCCGCCUGCGCGCGCACCAUGGCCGAGGACGAGGCUGUCGAGCUGGUCGAGCGACGCUUCAGCAUGGCCGCCACCUUCUACUACAAGAUGCUGGAGAACGUGGUCACCUCCGAGCGACAGAAGAGGCCCGACGUCAACCUGCUGGUGCUGCUGGAACAGACGGUGUUCCACCGGUGUCUGCUCGCCUGCAGUCUGGAGAUCGUCCUCUUCAGCUACAGCACGGCCACCCUCGAGUUCCCCUGGCUCAUCGAGGCGCUCGGCAUCGAGCCUUAUGACUUCUACAAGUUACUGGAGAUCAUCAUACGGGAGGAGCAGGGCCUCUGCCGGGACGUGGUCAAACACCUCAACAAGGUGGAGGAGCUGGUACUCGACUCGAUGGCGUGGCGGCGCUGCUCGCGACUCUGGGCCGUCAUCGACGCGGCGUCCGGCAACAUCCCCAGCAGCGAGACGGUGGCGCCCCACCUACAGGAGGCGACGGAGCGGACACCGACCGUUGGCGGCGGGCCGGCCAGCGUUCUCAUGUCGCCGAUCCCGGCCGUCAGGCGGGUAUUCGUCACCUACAGCCGACCGUCGCCGAGAAACCCGCAGCAGUCGCCGCUGUCGAGCGCCACCGACCGGUUCAUGUCCCCGGUGACGCCGUCCACGGCCAGGCGGCGACUGUUUGUCGGUCCGCGCGCCGCCGGCGGACAGCACCGAGUCAUCGCAGAGGGCUCGGCCGGUCGGGGGCAGGGCACCGGGAUGCCGCUCCGCACCUACUCCCUGUUCGUGGGCUCACGAGGCAGCGAGGGCCGCUACGCCGCGCCCGUCACGGACGGUGAGCGCACGGUGCGGCCGGUCGGCGCUCCAGCAGCGGGCUCUCCCGCCCCGGCCGUCGUCAAGACGACCUCUGCGCGGACGGACACGGCCGCCCCGGCCGCGGCGGACAGUCAGACGGCAGUCAAAACCGACGGUGCAGAAGACGGAGUCCAAAACCGACCGCUGAAGACGGAGGCGGGCGGUGGGUCAGGGCUCUUCUCCGAGGUCGCGGGUUCAGGGAUAUUCUCUGAUGUCGCCGAUGCCGGCCCGGCGGCCUCUGAGGCUGAGACCGCAGUCGGCGCGGCGCCGGAGCCGGCGGCGGCCCAGACGCCGCCUCAGAAGCCGCUGGUGACUGUCUCCACGGCCACCCCGACGGCCGCCCCCUCCGCCACCCCCUCGGCAGCCACCCCCGGCGGCGACGGCAGCACUCCGCCAGUCAAACCGCACAAACAAAACUCGCUCGGACUCUUCUUCAGAAAGUUUUACUACCUGGCGGCGGUGCGGAUGCGUGACCUGUGCGAGCGGCUGAAACUGCUGGAUGACGUGCGAGAGACCAUCUGGACUGUGUUCGAGUACGUGAUCGUGCAUCACGUGACGGUGAUGCAGGGCCGCCACCUGGACCAGCUCAUCAUGUCCUCCAUCUUCAUCGUCUGCAAGGCGUUCGGCAUCAAUAAGAAGUUCACGGACAUCAUGGGCAUGUACCGGUGCCAGCCGCAGGCCAAGUCACACGUCUAUCGCUCGGUGCUGCUCGGGGUGGUCCAGAGGCCCGCAGACGGCGCACAGAAGGAGCAGAAAGAGAAGGAGGAGGAUAAGGAGAAGGAGAAGGAGAAGGAGGAGGAUAAGGAGAAGAAGGAUGGGCAGAAGGAAGAGAAAGAGCAGCGAGAGGCGCCCGCCGACAGCGCACCCAUCAAAGCUCCGCCCUCCGGCGCGCCGUGCCCACCGACGCCGUCUCGGAUGGCCGGCACGGCGACCAGCUACCAGUUCGAGGACCGGCACGAGGAGCGCGGAGACAUCAUCCAGUUCUAUAACCAGGUGUUCGUCGAGAAGGUCAAGGCGUUCGUCAGCAAAUUCUCUAAGGGAGACGGUAAGCCGCCUCUGUCGCCGUUGCCGUCGCCCCGGCACAGCCCCCUGCCGCGCAGUCGGCGCGUCUCCUCGGCGCAUUCCAUCUACAUCAGUCCCCUGAAACAGUCGCCAAUGCGACUGGGCGAUCGUGCCGCCACCAUGCGCUCCUACAGCUUUAACCGGUCCCCGGCGCACGAGCUGCGCUCUAUAAACGCCAUGGUGAAGCCGUCGGCCGAGAAGCGCGCGCUGGCGGCCGGCGCCCGGCUCCGCUCGGCCCUCCAGCCCACAGAGGACGGUGAGCCGGAGCCCAAACGGUACAUGGCCCGGCUGCGCGGCGUGCUGGACCAGCGGCAGGCCAACGCCACAGAGUGAGCCGGCCGCCGCCGGGGUCAGCUGGGGGUCACAAAGGUCAGCCCGCUGGAUAUAGGUGUCAGCCCGCUGGAUAUAGGGGUCAGCCCGCUGGAUAUAGAGGUCAGCCCGCCGGUCAUAGACGGUCAGCUCGCCUAUUAGAGGAGCUAGCCCGUCGGUCGGAGGGGUUAACCCGCCGGUCACAGAUAGAUCAGCCCUGUGGGUCGAGGGGGCUACCACUGAGUCGUGCGACUCUGACGUCCGGAGAUACCUGGGUCUGGCGCCGUCCCCGGGCAAACCCUGUGAGUGUGUGAAUUUUAUAGACUUUUGCUAGACUCUGGCCGGAUCAUCAUUGUUAUAGUGAGACGAGCGGUCAGCGAUUGUAAGCCUCUCACUGCCCGCUCCUUUGUCGCCAUUGAGACCAUGAAGGCCAUGAAGGCUGCGUCUGCAAGUCUGGCUGCCGGAACGGGAGCAGGCGUCAGCCAACUGUGUGUUAAUAUGCGUUCAAUGUUCAUUUGAUGACUCGCAGAGCUCUGCGAGACGGACUAGUAGUAAACCGAUAGUCGGAGGCGUCGGUUGUCAUUUACUCCCCAUGUCGUUAUCAUCGGCUCUCAUUCACGACCUCACCGUUUUCGCCGUGGUAUGAUGUGUGUUUUUAGUGACUGGUUUCCGGUGGUUUUACUCGUUGUGUGUGUCCGCUGUUGAUCAUGCUGUGGCUGACAGGCGGCGGUGGCGGCGGAUGGGGCUCUCAUCCUUGCCCCCCUCCAGUCCCCCCGGUGCCGACACCUCCCGUCCCGCUCUCCUGUCUGAGGCUGACCGCCGGGACAGUCGGGUCGACUCGGACUCCGAGCAGCUGAGGGCCGCCCUCCGUACAUUUCCCUUGCACUGGGCCGCUCCUGGGCUGCUCCUGGUCCUUAGUUCGGUGCCGGACGGAGACUGGGAGGUGUGUGGUUGCUGGUGCCGUCCGUUUUAUCCGCCGCCGUGGACCGCGGUUUGGGCUUUGAGCCGCCGCCGCCGCUGUCACUGCUGUGAUUUGUUGGGUUCGCGUGUCUCCAGAGGCCAAAUGGGGUUGACCGCCGCCUCACACAUCAAUCAUUAACCUCUAAUCUGAGCACAUUGACUGACGAUUGGUUCGUACAAGGCGGUGUGUGGUAACGCUGGAGCUGAUUUCUUAUCGGUGGAUAUAUUACAUUCGUCUUCCAUAAAACAGCCAUUCGCAGACAUUGAAGUAAUUUGAGUGUCAUAACCAUUACUGGAUUGUAAUAUUUCCCAGUGCUCACUUAACGCAUAUGCCUGUUUGAUUUUUUUUCUGGUAUAAUAUAAAUGAUUCUCCACACUGAA